CAAAUGGGGAGAGCAUGUGAAGGCUUCUACUAACUUCGUGACUCCAUCCGUAAACCCCCUCUCUUCUUCUUCACCCAUGCUCAUAUUCCGCAGGCUCAUCUUCUCCAAAAAAAUCCCAUCUUUUUCGCCCCCAAUCUCAAACCCUAACCCUAUCCUCCCCCAAAUCAACCGCUUUGGGUUCCAUAAAUCGAGCUCUAGGUCCUCUUUCAUGGCCUCCGGCGGCUGCAGGACUGAGGACGCAGCGAGGCGGCGGCAACCCUUUGCUCCCCUUCCACCGUCCAAUGGCGAUAAGGCUGAGUUGUUCAGGGGGUUGGAAGCGGCGAUAGGUUCAACUUUUGGCUCAGAUCCUUUAGCGCCGCCGCCCAACCCAUUAAUCAUUGUAAUCAGUGGUCCAAGUGGUGUAGGCAAGGAUGCCGUUAUCAAGAGGCUUCAAGAAGUUCGUGGAGGAAUCCACUUUGUCGUCACAGCUACCAGCAGAGCAAAACGUCCUGGUGAGGUUGAUGGGAAGGAUUACUAUUUUGUUACAAAAGAGGAGUUCCUUUCUAUGAUUGAAAGGAAUGACCUCUUAGAAUAUGCUCUUGUCUAUGGGGAUUACAAAGGGAUUCCAAAACAACAGAUUCGAGACUUCAUGGCCAAGGGCUACGACAUUGUUCUAAGAGUAGAUAUACAAGGAGCAGCAACCCUAAGAUCAAUCCUUGGAGAUUCCGCUGUCUUCAUUUUUCUCGUUGCAGAGAGUGAAGAAGCACUAGUAAAGCGACUCAUAGAUCGAAAAACUGAAACAAGUGAUAUGUUGCUUGUGAGAAUUGCCACAGCUAGAGAAGAAGUAAGGCAUAUGAAGAACUUCGAUUAUGUUGUUGUUAAUGCUGAAGGAAAGCUUGAUGAAUCUGUGAAGCUCGUGGAGUCUAUAAUUGAUGCUGAGAAAGCUAAAGUCAGGCAACGCUUUGUGAAGAUUUAGAUGUUGAGGUAUGUUUGUUAUUAUUAUUGUUUUGUUUCCUUUUUCAUGCAUCAAUCAGUGAGAUAGGAUUUAAAUUUAACAGUUACUUUGAUUUUGGCUUGGAUUAGUGAAAAAAUUGUGUAAUUUUGCAACGUACGAACAAUUCAGACGGUGGAUUUGAUGAAA